CGGCCGCCGCAGCGCCCCGCCGCCAGGACCUGAUGCGCAUCCAUAUUAGCCGUCCGAGCGCAGGAAUCCGGCCCGACCCGCGCCGCCGCGCCCGCCGCGGAAUUUAUUUUUAACCAGCACCGCCGGGACUCGGAUGGUGCGCGCACCGCCGGCCAGAAACAUCUUCCCAGCGCUGCUCUCCAUCUUCCGCCCUCUCUCCCCCGACAUCCUCCCCCCCAUGUGGGAGGGGAAACUUUUCUCCUACAUACUUUCGAGUCCCUCUCGGGCCGAGAAGCGCGGAGAUGACGGCGCCCGUCCGCCGCCGCAAGGCUGCUCCGACUCUGUACUCCAGAGGUGGUGGCUUUGAGGUGUGACCCUGCCCACGUCUGGGCUCCGCCAGUGCCAGCCCCUCAGUAAGGAGGGCCAGCUUGAUAAGACGAGGAGAACAGUGUCAACAAGUGAUAGAAGAGAAGAAAAAAAAAAAAGAAGCGAACGCAGACCCCUUUCCUACUCCACGUGGAUGAUAGCUAUAGCAGGGGAAGGUCUCAUAGUGUAUGAGUUGGGGCAGAAAAUGGAGGAAACGAAAGAGGAGAAGUCUUCCUAUAACUGUCCCCUGUGUGAAAAGAUUUGCACUACCCAGCAUCAGCUAACCAUGCACAUCCGUCAGCAUAACACGGACACUGGAGGGGCAGACCAUGCGUGCAGCAUCUGCGGGAAGUCGCUGAGCUCGGCCAGCUCCCUGGACCGCCACAUGCUGGUGCACUCUGGCGAGAGGCCCUACAAAUGUACCGUGUGUGGCCAGUCGUUCACCACCAAUGGGAACAUGCACAGACAUAUGAAGAUUCACGAGAAGGACCCUAACAGUGCUACAGCUACGGCCCCCCCAUCCCCACUGAAGCGUCGGCGGCUGCCCUCCAAGAGGAAACUGAGUCAUGAUGCCGAGUCAGAGAAAGAAGACCCAGCACCUGCUAAAAAGAUGGUGGAAGAUGGGCAGCCGGGGGACUCGGAGAAAGCUGAAGAAGUGUUUCACUGCCCCAUAUGCUUUAAGGAGUUCGUUUGCAAGUAUGGACUGGAGACCCACAUGGAAACCCACUCAGAUAACCCACUAAGAUGUGACAUUUGCUGCGUUACCUUUCGAACACACCGAGGAUUGCUGCGCCACAAUGCACUCGUCCACAAACAGCUUCCCAGGGACGCGAUGGGAAGGCCUUUCAUUCAGAACAACCCUUCCAUUCCUGCUGGCUUCCAUGACUUAGGAUUCACUGACUUCUCCUGUCGGAAGUUUCCUCGAAUUUCUCAGGCCUGGUGUGAGACAAACCUGCGAAGGUGCAUCAGCGAUCAGCACCGUUUCGUCUGCGAGACCUGCGACAAGGCGUUCCCCAUGCCCUCCUCCCUCGCCCUGCACAGGCAGACCCACGUCGCCGCGGACCAGGGACGGGAAAGGCUGCAGGCCAGGACCCUGCCCGGUGACGCCCCGGACCAGAAGGUCUUCCUGGCCUUCCUGGGCCUGCAGCACACCAAAGACGUCAGGCCUGCCCCCGCUGAGGAGCCGUUGCCGGAUGACAACCAAGCAAUACAGCUCCAGACACUCAGAUGUCAGCUACCUCAGGACCCAGGCUGCACCAGCAUGCUGAGUCUGUCUCCUUUCGAAGCUGCUUCCCUGGGCGGCGCUCUCACGGUCCUCCCGGCUACCAAGGAGAACAUGAAGCACCUGUCCCUGCAGCCCUUCCAGAAGGGCUUCAUCAUCCAGCCUGACAGCAGCAUCGUGGUCAAGCCCAUCUCCGGAGAGUCCGCCAUCGAGCUGGCCGACAUCCAGCAGAUUCUGAAGAUGGCAGCCUCCGCUCCCCCGCAGAUCAGUCUUCCGCCUCUGUCCAAGGCCCCCGCCGCCCCUCUGCAGGCCAUCUUCAAACACAUGCCCCCUCUGAAGCCAAAGCCCCUGGUCACCCCGCGGACAGUGGUGGCCACGUCCACGCCCCCGCCUCUCCUCAAUGCCCAGCAGGCCUCCCCUGGCUGCAUCAGCCCCAGCCUCCCCCCGCCACCCCUGAAGCUCCUCAAAAGCCCCAUGGAGGCAGCUUCCAGUGCCCACCUGCUGCCGUCCCAGGCGGGAGCCCAGCCAGACACCUCUGCGCAGCUCUUCCUGCAGCAGCCGCGGGCGGACCUGCCGGGCCAGGCCGAGAUGAAGACGCAGCUGGAACAAGACAGCAUCAUCGAGGCCCUGCUGCCCCUGAGCAUGGAGGCCAAGAUCAAGCAGGAGAUAACGGAGGGGGACCUCAAGGCCAUCAUGACGGGGCCCGGUGGCAAGAAGACGCCAGCCAUGCGCAAGGUGCUCUACCCCUGCCGCUUCUGCAACCAGGUGUUCGCCUUCUCCGGGGUGCUACGCGCGCACGUGCGCUCCCACCUGGGCAUCUCGCCGUACCAGUGCAACAUCUGCGACUACAUCGCAGCCGACAAGGCUGCGCUCAUCCGCCACCUGCGAACGCACAGCGGCGAGCGGCCCUACAUCUGCAAGAUCUGCCACUACCCCUUCACCGUCAAGGCCAACUGCGAGCGGCACCUGCGCAAGAAGCACCUCAAGGCAACGCGCAAGGACAUCGAGAAGAACAUCGAGUACGUGACCAGCAGCGCCGCGGAGAUGGUGGAUGCCUUCUGCGCCCCGGACACGGUGUGCCGGCUGUGCGGCGAGGACCUGAAGCACUACCGCGCGCUGCGGAUCCACAUGCGCACGCACUGCGGCCGCGGCCUGGGCGGCUGCCCCAAGGGCCGCAAGCCCUUUGAGUGCAAGGAGUGCAGCGCCGCCUUCUCAGCCAAGCGCAACUGCGUCCACCACAUCCUCAAGCAGCACCUGCACGUGCCCGAGCACGACAUCGAGAGCUACGUCCUGGCGGCCGAUGGCCUGAGCCAUGCCGACGCGGCCGCCGAGGCCACGGGGAGGAUGGAGGAUGGUGGCGGGACCUUCGGCGACCGGAAGCCCCUGGUUACCUUCCUGGAGCAGCAGAACGGCUUUCUUCACGGGGCGCCGCAGCCGCUGCCACCCCACGUCUCCAUCAAGCUGGAGCCCACCGGCAGCUUCCCGGUGGACUUCAACGAGCCCCUGGACUUUUCCCAGAAGGGCCUGGCCCUGGUCCAGGUGAAGCAGGAGAACAUCGCUGGCUUCCUGAGUCCCUCCUCCUCCGCGCCCUAUGACUGCUCCCUGGAGCCCAUCGACCUGUCCAUCCCCAAGAACUUCAGGAAAGGAGACAAGGAUGCCACUGCUCCAGGGGAAGCCAAGAAGCCAGAGCAGGAACCAGGGAAUGGCGAGCAACCCACUCCCUGUCCUCCACCGUGCCCUACCCUGCCAGUGACUUUGGGGCCCAGCGGGAUCCUGGAAAAGCCCGGGGCCUCUGCAGCCAGCAUUCUGGAAGCCCACGCUCAGCCCUUGCAGGGCUCAGUUCAGCUUGCUGUCCCCAUCUACUCCUCCGCUCUGGUCAACAGCCCCCCCAUCUUGGGCAGUUCCACGCUCAUCAGCAGCCCCGCAUUGCUGCGGCCGCUGCGCCCCAAGCCCCCACUGCUCUUGCCAAAGCCCCCCGUGACAGAAGAGCUGCCCCCGCUGGCUUCCAUCGCCCAGAUCAUCUCAUCGGUGUCCUCAGCCCCCACCUUGCUGAAAGCGAAGGUGGCCGACCUGGGGCCCACGAGCACGGGCAGUAACAGCACAGCCCCAGACGGCUUGGGGAGCACUGUCCCCAGAGCUGCCGCUGCCCCCGCCAACACCACCAGCCCAAAAGAAUCCAGCGACCCAUCCCCUCCUGCCAACAGCCCGGAGGUGGCCUCACCCACUGAGCAGGGGCCAGUGGGCUUGUCCAAGAAGAGGGGUCGGAAAAAGGGCAUGAGGAGCCGGCCCCGCUCCAGCAGCGGCGGGGUGGACCUGGACUCCAGUGGGGAAUUUGCCAGCAUCGAGAAGAUGCUGGCCACGACGGACACCAACAAGUUCAGUCCGUUCCUACAGACCGCAGAGGACGAUGCUCAGGAUGAAGUGGCCGGAGCCCCCGCGGACCCCCACGGGCCCAGUGAUGAGGAGCAGGGCAGCCCUCCUGAAGACAAGCUGCUAAGGGCCAAGCGGAACUCCUACGCCAACUGCCUGCAGAAGAUCAACUGUCCCCACUGCCCCCGGGUCUUCCCCUGGGCCAGCUCCCUCCAGAGGCACAUGCUCACGCACACUGGUCAGAAACCCUUCCCUUGUCAAAAAUGCGAUGCCUUCUUUUCUACCAAAUCUAACUGUGAACGCCACCAGUUGCGCAAACACGGAGUUACCAACUGUUCCCUGAGAAGAAACGGGCUUAUCCCCCAGUCAAAAGAGAGUGAUGUUGGACCCCAUGAUAGCACAGAUAGCCAGUCGGACGCAGAGACACCAGCGGCGGGCGGUGAAGUGCUGGACCUCACCUCCCGCGAGAAAGAGCAGCCUGCGGCCGAGGGAGCCCCUGCGCCUGACCAGGUCCAGGAGGAGCUCCCCGCAGAGGAGGUGCCGCAGGGCCCGGCCGCACUGCCCGGGACGGGGGACGAGCAGGACGCCGGGGAGAGCCAGGAGCACGAGGACAAGCACGGUGUGGAGGAGAGGGACGAGGACGCAGACGGCCCGGAGGAAGAUACCGUGAGCAACAAGAGCCUGGACCUCAACCUCGCCAGCCGGCUGAUGGGCUUCAAGCUGGCCGAGGGCGACGCGGGCGCCGCGGGCAGCGGGGGCCCCACCCAGCAGGAUCAGAAGCACGCCUGCGACGUCUGCGGCAAGAGCUUCAAGUUCCAGGGGACCCUGAGCCGCCACAGGAAGGCCCACGGCCGCGAGGAGCCCCGGGAGGAUGGCCCGGGCACCAGCGGAGCAGGGGCCGCCGAGGACCCGCUGCCCGGCCCGGCCGCCACCCCCGCGCCCGAGCCGGAGGAGAAGCCCGCCCACCCCUCGGAGGAGCCCCCCGUGGAGGGGGUGGCCUCGUCGUCAUCGGAAGCUUCGGGGGACAGGCAGGGCGAGGAGGCGGAGGGCACCUCGGACGGGGAGAGCGUGGCGGAGAAGAAGUCCUCGGAGAAGAGUGACGACGACAAGAAGCCAAAGACGGACUCCCCGAGAAGCGCGGCCAGCAAGGCCGACAAGAGGAAGAAGGUGUGCAGCGUGUGCAACAAGAGGUUCUGGUCCCUGCAGGACCUGACGCGGCACAUGAGGUCCCACACAGGAGAAAGGCCAUACAAGUGUCAGACCUGUGAGCGAACCUUCACCCUGAAGCAUAGCCUGGUUCGCCAUCAGCGGGUCCACCAGAAAGCCAGGCACGCCAAGCAGCACGGGAAGGACAGCGACAAGGAGGAGCGGGGUGAGGAGGACAGUGAGAGCGAGUCCACCCACAGCGGCAACAACCCUGUCUCAGAAAACGAGGCUGACUCGGGUCCACCGGCCAGCAACCACGUGGCUGUCACCCGGAGCCGAAAGGAGAGCCUGGCCAGUGCCACCAAGGAUCCCAGCCGCAGGGAGGAACGGGCAGCAGGUCGGACGGUGGGUGCCAGCCAGGCUGAAGCUGGCAGAAGUGCUCCCAAGGCCGCUCCAGGGGGCAGCCCCAAGGGGCAAGCGUCUCUGGGUGACCCUGACCCAGAGAGCCCGGCGGCCCUCGUGGAGGCCCUGCCAGAGCUACAAGGCAAGGGGCCCGCCCACCCCAUCCUGGCCGCGGACGGUGCCUCGCCACUCCUGGGGAUAGAAUGACAGCCCAUCACGUCCCCCCACCAGCACACAGACGAAAGCCAGCAGAGCAAAGUGUCCUGAAUCUAUAUUUCAUGAGGUUUCCUCAGUGCCCUUCAGCUGUCAGGGAGUGAGAGAGAGAAAGAGAGAGAGACAGACAGACAGACAGACGAGAGGGAGUGGGCCGUCUUGGCCGGUGCCAUAGCCUUACAUCUCCGUGCAAGAGACUCCGCACGCACACUUGCGGUGCCUUAAGUACUCACCAGUCCUUCAGUGUCAGCCUGGGCGUGUGUGUCCCCAAAAUGACUUUUUGAAACAAACAAAGCAUAUAUUUUAAUGAAUUUCUUGGAGAGGACCUUUUCAUUUAAGCAUUAACGUUACCUUCUGUAUUGGUGUGUGUGAGCUUGUUCUUGCAAAUCUGUGAUAGACGUACGUUCUGUGAGCUGGAAACAGAAGAAAAAAAAUUUGUCCUUGGAUACCCAUAACCAAUAACUGGAAGAAGAUGAUGUGAAUUUCAUGUAAAUUGCCAGAGGAUAUGUGGAUAAGAUGUUCCUUUUUUCUCAACUAGACCUUUUUCUCGUUCUGUUUGCUACAUGGUGGAGCUGUAAUUUGGGCCUCCAUAUGGCGGGGUGUGGUUGAUGAAGGUUUCCAGUUGGGCGCCAGCCAGAACCAGGGAAGAUUCUAGCUUCAACCUUGUACGUGUUUUCAGCGUUAGACAUGGUAUUUCUGUUCAAGUUUCAAGACCUCCGUUCUUAACUUCCAGAGGAGAGUUACGCUGGCAACUUGAACCUAUGGAGAACGUGCACAGAUGUCCUGUAUCUGAUUUCCCCCAUGUUUGGUAUAUGUAUUAUUAAUAUUAUUAUUAUUAUUAUUAUUAUUUCAUCAGUUUGCUGGUCUCUGCAGUCAGCAGAAACAAAUGGGCAAUAUUUGUCCGGGGAGACCUGGGCUGCCCCUGGGUCCCUGUGUGGGCAUCUGCCCGCAGCUUUCCUUGGCCCCCCACCCCUGGGUGGUAGCUCUUCUACUGUACUUAGACAAGCCUUUCUUCCGUGACUGCAGAAUCCAGCGGGGGCCGGGAGCGGUCUUCCCGCACGGGCCGGCCGGAGAGCGGCUCAGAGAGGGGAGAGCGAGGGGGCGCGUGCCUGGGGCUUCCGAGGAAGCCAGGCAGCAAGGAGACGCGUCCCUCCCCGGUCUCCCUGCCAAACCAGGCCGAAGCCUUACCCGCCUGUGCUACUGUCGUUUGCAAAGCAAGGAAGUACUUCUACUACUACUGGUAAUAAAACUGCACGUGCGAGAUUGGAAGAUGAGAAAUAGAUUUGUAUUUACCUUCCUGUGACAUGGGGUUGGUGCUUGAAGCGAAACAUGCUGUUUCUGGUGUUCCUGAAAUAGCCUGAACCCUGGGUGCGAAAAGGCAGGAUUUUUUUUUUUUUUUUUUUUCCAUGAGCAUCCCAUGCGGGCCAUAGAAUUCCCUCACUGUAGCCGCCAGCAGUGAUGAGAGACGUUUCCCUACUGUAGCUGAUUUUGUGUUCAGCGUCCUGCCCCUCCGCCAAGACCUCUAGGGCACCCGACCCACUAGCCCUCCCCGGGCCACCCCCUCCCCCCGCACCCCAGCCCCUUCUGGCCCCCGAGGAGUCUUCCCCCUCCGCUUCCACUCAACAACGCAGACACACACACACACCUUUAUCUCCCCCACUUCCUUCCCAACUCCUCCAUUUCUUGGGGCCAAAAUCCCAACUGCCCAGACUUCAAAGGAAGAUAUUUUUCUCUUGGGAUUAUUACUUGUGAUCUCUUUGCAUGUGAAAGGAAAAAGGUCGAGGUAUCUAUGACUUGUAACUGUGCUGGGGAUGCCUGAACCCGAGGUGUGACUGACUCUAGAGGGCGACAAAUCAGAACCAAGGAUCUCCCGUUACCCCUUCACGCCCAGUAUGGUUUGCGUAGUUCCAAUGCCGGUUCACGCAUCCCUUCAUUUUUUUUUUUUUUUAAAUGACCGUUGUUAUGGUUACCGUUGUUGUCACUAGUUGGGGUAUCUCGUGUUUUGUUUCUCUCUGCAACUCUCCACACUAAAACUCGCGACUCUGUGGAGGGAAGCCAUGACUGAGCGCCACGCUGCGGUGAGAUGCAGCAGGAACGGCCCGGCCGCGCAGCCGGGGGCCACAGCUCGCAAUAAUCACUAUUGAUUUAAAGCUUUAUUUAGCCUCCAUCUGUACCCUCGUAGUCAAUAAGGUCUUGCCACAUUUUAUUAGUGAGAUUGAGAAGUGUAUUAUUUGUUUGUUUUGCUCUCCCCUCCCCCAAUAUUAAACUGUGAAAUUUGUGAUUUGUUUAAACUCUGGGUGAAUCAUAGUUUAGUUUGCAUGUCCAGUUAAUUUGUUUCUAUACAAUUUGUUUGAUUCUCUUUCUCCUUCUCUCAGGGCUUUUACAAAAAAAAAAAAAUAGUAUAUAUAUAUAGAUAUAUAUAUAUCUAUCUCCAUAUAUAUAUAUGGAUCUUCUGAAAAGUUUUUUGAGGUGCAAGUUUUUCUCUUGUUUUUCUCUUUGAUUUAUGGACACAAUGCUGAGAUUCAAUCACUACAUGAAACUCCCGGCUGUGAAAACAGAAUAUAAAACCUAGGGCUGUUUCCCACACGGCCCCAGGGGGGAAGCUAUGCGGCAGUCGGGGUCCGGUUUCAGAAAGAUGCACCAUCCCUUCCACCUCUCCGUCUCUGUCCUCUCUUUCUUCAAGAAGGAAGUUGAUCCCAGUGAUUUCAGCCCAUGCAUUAAACAGGAAACAAUAAUAAAUGUGUAGAAUUCAUAUUUUUCUAAAGGGAACUUAACUGCUGCUCCGUGUUAUGUACAAAACCGGUUUAUGCCACAGGAACAGAAUCACAAGUUUGGUUUUGGUACUUUUUGUUCCUCUUUGUAUUCAGUUGUAUAGUACUUCCAAAUUCAGAAUGAGAAGAAAAGCUGUUCUGUAUCAAACCAUCUAAGCAAUAAAUGUUAUUUUAAAAAUGGCA